AUGCCGGAGCCACUGGUUGACAACACCGGCGCCUCUGCCAUGGAGGUCGAUGAGAUAUGCACUGCAAAAAAAAUAUCGUAUUUAUAGUAUGAAGUACACCAUCUUCACUGAACGAUAGAAAAUGGUGAAUAGGAGAUUCUGAUUCAUCACAAGAUGAAGGCGACAGAAAGUAGUGUCAUGCGCCAUUACAUACUUGUACGAAAGCGAUACUUUUGAUCUUUUGCAGUGCAUACAAGACGACGAAGAACAAUAAGCGGACGCUGCAGCGGCGAAGUGUCAUGGACAACGCCGUUCCGCCAACAGACAAGGCUGACGGGGGCAGGUAAGACUAAACCUAGAGGAAAACUAUUGAUGUUGAAACAAAUGUUCGUGCGGGUCUCCUUGUUUCCACACCACACAUCAUGAUAUCUAUGAAUUUUUAUUUAUCUAUUACUUGCCUCUUUUUAUUUUUUUCUGAAGGUGUAUUUUGCUCCGGUUCUACUUAUAGUUUCGCAACUCAUCAUUCAGAACGCCGCCCGGUGCCCUGUCGCAGAGCCACAAGCGAGCGCGCAACAGCAUGGUUGUCGACCAGAAUGGCGUUUUGAAACAGAAAAACGAACUCUGCGAUGCGGUGCUGGGCAUCGGCAUACCGCACGACUGGACCCGGAUAAAGGCGGAGGGGCCCCCGAACGAGGAGGACAACUACGAGAUGACGGAAGAGGGCGAAAGUGACAACUCGCCCGACCGAAAGCACAAAAAAGUGCCUACCUGGUGUAUUGAACAAAAUUUUUUAGAUUACCCACCAGUUCUUGAUGUUGAUUCUGCUCUGGAACUACUAAGUUGUGAAUGCAAGUAGAGAUUAUUGAGUUUGGGUUUUUCUUUUUAUUCAUCGUUGUGCGGUGGUUUCUUAUGUUGUGCAUAGAUAAGGAUAAAUGUGAAUUACAAAUUCUUCUAAAACAGGCCAAGAAUGGGCAAAAGCGGUGGAGGAGCAGAGCGUUUAUGGAAAAGUGGCAAAAAUAGAUGCGUCAGAAAAAAGGCAAAGAAUCAUCAACUACCAAGCAACUUCUUCAUCUUCAGCCACGGAGGUUUUGGAUCGGGAGGAGCGACGUGAAGUUCGCCAUCAUUUAUCUGCAUCAAAAGACGAAGUCCAAGAAGUCGCUGUCGCGCAUACGUGCAUUACAAAUUCUAUGCCUAUUUCUGAUGCCUUAUACUUUUUCGAUUUCAUACUUUCAUCGACCCAGAUACGGUUUUCGGUGGAAACAUGCAGCAAGUGGACCUCCACGAAGUCUUCGGCGCCCCAUCGGAGCCGAGCAAAAGGGGUACUUGAUUUAUCAUAAAACUAUACUCAAGAAAGCAUGGGUGCGCGUCGUCUGGCAUGAAAGGCGCAAAAAAUUGCAAACUUGACUAUACUUUAUAGUGAUGUAUCACAUCUUCAGAGGACCACGAUUCCCUUUGGACAGGGCUGCUAUGAGUACUGCCAUUAUACCACGACUUUUUCACGUGACAUUGCAACACUGCUCAGGUCGCCGACUAUCCGAGACUGCCAUGCAGGAGCCGCAGCGAAGAUGGUUCCGGGACAAGUUGCGGAAGGUAUCCUGUGCAAAAGUAUCGUACUCGUACAAAUGCAAUUCUUGCAUUACAAAUAUUUUUCUUAAGGUAAAUCAGCAUGACAAAUUUUAUUUCUUAUGCGGAGAAAAUUUUUUUAUACGAGUACGAUACUUUUGCAGUUCAUAGAAGGAAGAAGUUUACAAUUACGUCCAAGUAAUGGGACAGAGCAAACGCAUGGACCAUUGUAUUCUCAGGAAAAACUGCAUCUUCACUGUGAAUUGGCGUUUUUUGGACUAAGUUCGUUUCGUAUACACAUGGACAUGACAGAAGACAAUUUGUCAUGCGUGCUUGUUUUAUGAACGUGCCCAAAACACGAUCCGUGAAGAUAGUGACUACUCGUGCAUUUGUAGCAAGACAACAUCAAGCGGCGUUAGGGAUGUUGUAUUCUUGGCGCAUGAAGAUCUUGUUUUCGUCGUGGUACUGGUACGACAUUAGUGAUUGACAGUGAAAGCACGUCUUUUCCGUGCGAUACACGUAUGGCUGAGGCCAGGCGAGGAGGAGCGACAGCAGGGGAGUUCAAGUUCCUCGGCUACACUGACCAAUCGGCCGUUUCUGUUGAAAAACGAUUCCACGGGGGGGAUCACCAAUACAAAUGCAGCACAAGGCGCGCAAGCGUCCGUUCCGUCCUCGUCUUCUGCGGCUGCGGCUGGUACUACUAGUAAUUUGAACAACCAGCUGCAACCGAAUUGCACCACUACCAACGGAACGUCAACACUGGCAGCACCCCCACCUGCUCCUGUUGUACCAGUUGCAGUGACCGCUGGUGGCAAUCAACAAGCGGCAUCGUCAACACUACCGGAAGUUGUAGGCGACAAAGCUGCAGCUGGGGGAACCAAGGUACUAUUUGAACCAGCUGCAGCAGCGAAAAAUACAAACCCCGCAGUAGGAUCAGAAGCAGGCCCUGUGCCGGGAGCAGCAGCUAAUGCAAUCACAAAUCCCGAUCCCGUGGUGACGGCCGCAACCGCACCACCAGCGCAGCCGGCUUCUUCUUCCUCUUCGAAGGAAGCCGUCGUGGCUAGGCCCGAGCAGCAGCAGGAGGAGGUAGGGAAGAAGAAGGGAGGUUCCACUGCCAGUAAAACCUCGAUGAAAAAGUCCUCGGCUCCCGCGGUGACCGCAGCAGCCGCCGGUCUACUGCAGGCACAGUCUGGCUCGGGAGCAGAACAACCCGGCUCGGUGGGUGGAAUGGUCGCUGCAAAUAAUAGCACGGGUGGCGGUAGCGUGUCCGGCCCCAGCAGCUCCGCCCUGGGAACGGCCAAGGCGAAGUCCAAGGCCAGCAGCGGCCGGGUCGCAAAGGCCAAGUCCACCAGCACAAGUUCCAAGUCAGCGAAAAUGAAAAACGCACCGAAAAAGGACCAGCAGAAUCCUUCAAAGGAGGGAUAGCGAGCAGGAUUGCGAGGUAGAAAUUAGCUAGCGUACUUCAGGAGCUCAUAGGUCGCUGCAAUCCAACUGAAGAAGAAGAUGAGGAAAGAAAGAAUUUGUGUAGCUGGGACACUUCUACACAAGUGACCAAGAAAAACAAAGAUGGCGCUAUUGGAGAAAGCCACUCAAAAAUCAGACUUCAAGGAAAAGUGCUGCUUUUUUGAAAUCCUUUACAUAUAUUUUUCAGUAUUCUUCAUCAAUAUCAGUUAACAUCUUCCGACAACUAAUUUCAGUAGUAUAGAAGCUGUAAAACAAACUACCUCCGAAGUAAUCCAAGCGAUUUUAUCUACACAAGCGACUUUUUGUUUUUUGUUUGAAGUAGAGCGAAGCAGAAGCAGCUCUCCAAUGGGAUGAAAUUGGAUGCGUUUUAUAUGUUGGGGUUAAGAUGAAAUUGAAAACGCAAUGCAAGGCACUCUGACUCCUGCUGGGGCAGACAAGAUUUGCAAAUGAAGCAGUGACCACGACCCUUCCACACUUUUUAAGAU